CUAAAAAAAAUGGCCGUCCGAUGGUUUAUCGUUGGUACUUCAAUCAAUUACUUUGCAAAUCCUCAAGUUUUUCUAAAAUAUGACACCAUCGGAACUUCGAGUACAACAAUUAAAAACAAUAUAGACAUGAAUGAGUCGAAGCGGAACUACUACUGUCAGCUACAAUGUGAGGGUUUGAACAAGUUUGAACGAGUAAACCAUCGGUCGUCCAUGUUAUGAGGGCGAUCACCACGCCACCAUCGGUAAAUAACGGUCCCAAUACGUGUCCUCAAUCAUCAGUUUUCCAAGAUGACCUACGUUUCUGGAGACGGAACUAUUAGUGCAAUUCAGCCAUGGAGCAUAACUCGCAUUUUUGGAUUCUUCUCUGGAAUAUUCUGGGCCAUUGCGAUGUUUUUCAAUACAUUAAUCAGUCCGAAUACCACUAAGUAUGGUACAGGAUACAGCAGAAACUACAGGCCAGGCUCGGGAGGUUCUGGUCCACCACCUCCUCCCUCAAAAAAAUUUGGAGGCAUCAACACAAAGGGAACCAUGAACAUGCCCGGUGGAUGCAGUAGCUGCAGGGGAGGCUGAAGUAAGAUAACUCUUGUAACCAUUAAAUUUUUUGGUGAGCCAAAUAGCCACUUACUCAUCUUUAAUCUGCCAUAAAUCAGCACAAGAGGAUCCAAGACCCACUACAAUUUUUCCCUCCCACCUGAUCAAAUGGACAAACUUUAUUUUUCGCAUUUGUUAGAGGUAAAAAUAUUAUAUAUAAAAUGAAGAAAGAUGAAACCAUUGUUUGAUUGGUGAAUUUUCUUAUAUUUAUGAUCAGAAUAAUGAUGUAAUUAAUUUACAAGUUUUUGAGACUCGAAUUAUUGACAAAUCAUGAAGAAUAUAUUUUGAUUGCGAUAUGAAAGCUUA